AUGGCGAGCACCGCCGCGGGGACGCGCGAGAUUCCCCCCGGCAUCGACCACUCUCUUCUGGACGAGAUGAGGGCGAGCGGCGUGGAUGUCGAGCGCAUCAUGGCUGAGAAGCUCGCCGAGGGCAUGAGCGAGGAUGAUAUCCUCGGGGAACUGUUCGAAGCGAUGCAUCCGGACGCCGCCGGCGCCGUAUACGAGUCUUACGAAGGGAAGGGCGAGGACGAGCUCCAGGAUUCUCUCGACGAACCCGCAGUUGACGAGGGGGCGGAACAAUACGACGAGCCCGAGGACGAGCCCGAGGACGAGCCCGAGGACGAGCCCGAGUCGGUGAUGCCACGCGGUAACACGCCGGUGUCCACGGGCGACGGGGAAUUCUCCGACGGGGGCCUCGUCGGUACGUCUCCCACCGCGCGCGCCCCCAGCGUCCGGGGCGGGGGCACGCCCACUGGUUCCGUCAGGUCAAUGUCCACGCUGCAGUCGUCUCACAUCGGCGCGCACCACGCGCAGCCGUGGGAGAGCGCGAUGGCCGUGAGCGCCAGGAGUCCGUCCAACGCGAGCUUGCCCGCGAGCCGCGGCAGCACGAGGGGGAGCAUGAGGUCGAGCUCGCUCCGCAAGAUUGAGCGCAAGGAUCCCUACCUGGCGUCGCCGGCUAUAUCGCCAAAGCCGAAGAAGAGUGGCGCCACGCAGAACGCAUCGCACGUUCGCUCUGCGUCCGGGGACGUGCCUUACUCCCCGCCCAUGACGCGCUCCAGGGCGCAGUCCAGGGGUGGCUCAGAGUAUGGUGGAUCCCAGGGAAGCGGCGGGUCCAGCGGCGGGUUUGUGUCCCUGAAGCGGCAGGUUGAGGAGGAGCUCAAGGCACAGGCGGAUGAGCGGUGGGCGCGGAAGAAGGCUGAGCUCGACGCGGACCGGGAGAAGCUCGAGGCGAAGCUGGAGCGGCUUCAAAUCGAGAAGGGUAUGUCCCCGACGGAUGCGCAGAUCGAGGUUUACAAGCUGAAGCCGUGGGAGCAGUCCAAACGGAAUAGGGAGUUUGACGAGAGGAUUGCUCGGAACCAAGCUGAGCGAGAGGAGGUUGACAAGCUCAUGGCGGCAAACCGGGCGCGGCGGCAGAAGGCCCAGGCGGAGCACGAAGAGUGGAAGAUGAAGUUCGAGGCUGCGGAGCGGCGACGAAAGGCUGACCAGGAGUUUGCUCUCCAGGAAGCGUUUAAGCAGCAGAGGGCGGAGCUCUGGGAGCACAGAGCGCAGAAGGAGCGUGAGGACUUCAAGGAGAAGUGCCGUAAGGAUGCCGAGAAUGCGCUCAAGAAGAAGCUGUGGAAGGAAGAGACGGACCGCAUAUCGCUGGACAAGGAGAUGCGAAUGAAGAAGGCGAGCUAUCGCGCGCCGUUGGCGUACGACAUCGAGCCGGUGGCUAAGAGGUUCGAGAAGAGCAAGCCGUUUCGGAGGCAGAUCAAGGAGGCGUUGAAGCAGCGGGAGGAGUCAAUCCGGGCAUCGUCGGCGGGAUCCGUGCAGAGUAUCAAGCGGGACUACCUCGGCAAGUACAACACACGAUCACCCAGCGCGGCGGGGAUGAGCCGAAGCGGCACGGCGUUCGACCGCGCGCCGACAUUUGGGAUGACGGGGCGGCACGAUAGCCUGACGCGUUCACUCGUCGGCAAGUCGCGGGGGUCGACCAUGGGAAGCAGCGACGGCUCCCUGACGAAGCUGAGCCCGGCCAGCCCGGGCAGGCGCGGGAUCGGCAGCAGCGGCGGGAGCGACUACGCCGCGGACGAUUACCUGCGGAAUAAGGAUGAGCACGGUCUGACCAGGGAUGAUUUGGACGACCUGGGAUACCACAACAACCCACACGCUCAGUACGACGAAUGA